AUGCCGAGCAGGGACGUCGUGGGCCCGUGGGACCGGGACCCCAGCAUCGCCGUGCUCGCGGUGGCUGUCUGCAGGACGCAGGGGGGAGUGGUGCUCAGGAUACAGAAGCCGGUGGAGCGCUUUGUGGGCGGCCGCAUGAUUGUGGAGGUGAUGGCGCUGAUGGAGGGCCUCGACGCCGCCCUGGGGUUGGGCAUCCGCAGUGUCACCGUCGUCAUUGGUUACCGCCCGCUCUACAACCAUGUAUGCCAUGACAACUCUUUACCUCUCCACCUUCACCUAUUUUAUGCUAGUUGA